AUGUUCCGACAGGAAUUCAUGUGGCUUUUUUCUCUUGGCCUUGGUCUCUCGUCCGCCGGAGAUAUCCUCAUCACGGUUGUCUUAUUUUUCCUGCUUCAAGGGAGUAGAUCUAAACUGCCGAACCUCAAUCUCAUUAUUGACGCGUUGAUUCUUUAUACAUUCGAAAUAGGAUCACUAACAAGUGUCGCUGCAGUGGCCACCAUGAUUUGCUGGAUCGUGCUGGAUCAAAGCCUCAUCUUUCUCGGACUUCAUUUCGUUAUUGGAAAGCUCUAUGCAAAUUCACUUUUGGCGAGGUUAGAUGUCGUCUCUAAGAAUUAUAACCACGAGUAUCUAAACUAUAAAGCAUUUAGCUUGCACGCUCGCAAGGAUUUCCGUCGCUUCGGGCCAAUGAAUCACGAUUUACCGAGCAAUAAUUCACGCUGGGCCUCACCGUUUCAAUUCUUUAAUGAGAGCGAUUCUCGCACUGCUGAGAGUCCUGGAACACAAAUUCUCGUGACGAAGAGCGUAGAGUAUGAUUCUAAGGUGUAG